AUGUUCGAAUUCGCCAGUUACUGCGAGGAGAAUAUCUACAAGCUGGUAGAAUGUCAUAUCAACUCGACAUCCUUAAAGCAUUAUACUGUAAUAUUCCUUUCCAAUAGUUCGAAAUGCAUACCCGUCUUUUCGCAAAAGAUUCAAAGAAGUCCAAUCAACCCGGCCGUAUGGGAUUACCAUGUAAUUCUGGCAUAUCAUCCAAACCACUCUCUCGAAGAGCUACUACAACAGUCCGAAAGCGGAGAAGAAAUAGAACAGCAAUCUUUCGAACCUGCUAUUACGAAAUCAUAUAUCUAUGAUUUGGAUACAACAAUACAAACAUUCCCAUGCCCGUUUCCGACUUACUUCGCUCAAACAUUCUCACCACCACCUUCGUCAGCAUUUGAAGAUCCUCUGGAUAGGAUGCUUUUGCAAAUGGCUGUGUCGAAAGAUAUAUAUAGUCGCUAUUUCAGACUAAUACCUGCAAGCGACUAUCUGGAAUACUUCAAAAGCGGAAGAGAUCAUAUGAAGGAUAAAGAAGGAUGUUGGAGAGCUGAACCACCAGUGUGGGAUGUAAUAGUGGGGUCGAAGGCAACUGGGGAUUCAUUUGAAGACUAUAUCGAUUUCAAGGGAUGCGAAAGUCGAACGGAGGCGCUAGAAUAUGAGAAGGAAUACUUGGGGAUCAUAGUGGGUGAAAAGAGACUGUGGGAGGUGUUUGGGGGUGGGAUGCCACCCGAUGUCGAGCUCCUCGAUCUUAUGACGAGAACUGUACCUGAGGAGGGACUCUCCAAAGAAGAAGCAUCGGCGACGGAUGGGUUUUUAAUAUUUGCUGAGGCGUCUGUACCAUCAGUAGGGGCAUCUGGUCUCCAAGAGCCAACUAUACCAGGGUAA